CCUCAACCAACAUCUUCAAAAUAGUUGAAAAAAAGAACAUGGUAGAAGUUUAUGAGUUAUUGACCGUGGUAGUUUCACUCAUAAUGGUGAAGCUAUUUCAUUGGAUCUAUCAGUGGAGAAAUCCGAUAACUAAUGGAAAACUACCUCCAGGGUCGAUGGGUUUUCCGAUCAUCGGAGAGACUUUUGAGUUCAUGAAGCCUCAUGACGUUCUUCAGUUUCCAACAUUCGUCAAAGAGAGAGUUCUCAGAUAUGGACCAGUUUUUCGGACAAGCCUAUUUGGAUGCAAAGCUAUAAUCUCGAUGGAUCUUGAAUUGAAUGUGGAGAUAGCAAAGGCAAAUCAUGUCCUUGGUGUCACGAAGAGCAUAGCACGGCUAUUUGGGAAAAACAACUUGUUUAUCCAAAGCAAGCAGUCCCAUAAACAUGUCCGGAACUUGACAUUCCAGUUGUUAGGUCCACAAUGUUUAAAGUUGAGGAUGGUGGAAGACGUCGAUCUCUUGGCUCGCACAUACAUGGAGGAAGGAGCUAGGAACGGUUGCCUUGACGUCAAGGAAACAUCAAGCAAGAUCUUGAUUGAAUGUCUUGCAAAGAAAGUUAUGGGUGAAAUGGAACCAGAGGCAGCAAAAGAACUUGCACUAUGUUGGAGAUAUUUUCCAAGGGAUUGGUUUCAAUUCUCUUGGAACGUUCCUGGGACUGGUGUCUAUCGAAUGAUGAAGGCAAGAAAGCGGAUGAUGAAGUUGAUAAAGGAGAUGGUACUAAAGAAGAGAGCAUCAGGAGAGGAGUUUGGAGAGUUUUUCAAGAUCAUCUUUGGAGAAAUGGAAGGAGGAGAGGGAAAAAUGAGCGUAGAGAAUGCGAUCGAGUACAUAUAUACUUUCUUUUUGAUAGCUAACGAAACAACACCAGGGAUCCUUGCGGCUACAGUAAAGCUCAUAAGCGACCACCCUAAAGUUAUGGAAGAGUUGAAUAAAGAGCAUGAGGGAAUUGUUCGAGGUAAGACUGAGAAGGAGGCUGGCCUUACAUGGGAAGACUACAAAUCAAUGACUUUCACACAAAUGGUGAUUAAUGAGUCACUUAGGAUCACAAGCACGGCGCCGACUGUGCUUAGAAUAACUGACCAUGAUUUCCAAGUUGGUGAUUAUACAAUUCCAGCUGGUUGGAUCUUCAUGGGCUACCCUAAUGUCCAUUUCAGUCCCGAAAAAUACGAUGACCCUUUGGUAUUUAAUCCAUGGCGUUGGAAGAGAGAAGACUUGAGCUCAAUCCUUUCCAAGACUUACAUUCCCUUUGGUGCUGGUUCUAGACUAUGUGUGGGAGCUGAGUUCGCUAAGCUUCAAAUGGCCAUUUUUAUCCAUCAUUUGUUUAGAUACAGGUGGUCAAUGAAAAAAGAGACUACAGUACUUCGAAGGUUUAUGCUAAUGUUUCCAUGUGGAUCUGAUGUUCAAUUCUCAGAUAACACCGACGUGGAUAACUCUGUUAGUCAUUAGAGUGGCUAUAUUUCUUAAGGUUGUUAGUUCGAAUCCUUUAUAUAUGUGAGACUGUUCUGAUUGCUGCAAAUGGAUAAAAACCAUCUUGUAAG